GCAGUGUGUGUAGAGAGCCGGAAAGCGGUCUGUUUUGGACAGGAGGAGGUCAUUAGAAAGUGAGGAGUGGCACCAGAACAGUUAUUAGAGUCUUUUCCUCAUGCAGGUGUAAUAUAAUUAUAUUAUCCAUAGCUCCGUGUAGUUAUCAACUGCUUCGACAUGCUUCGUCUAAUACUGCGGCUCAGGCCGUCAACCGGGCUCCCAAGCCCCCGUGCCCUCCCGGCCGGGCCUGCCGCCUGUGCCAUCGGCUCCCGUUGCGUGCCCGGAACCGGCUGUGCGAAGCGGCUACACUUCGUAGCCGGGUGCCGGGCUGUAUGCUCUACCGUGGGCUUCAGUCACAGGGGAGCUCUGCUGCGGUGUCCCCAGCUGGCUGGUAGCUGUCGGAGCGAGCGGUACUACAGCCUCCCGCCGCACCAAAAGGUGGAGCUGCCUGCACUAUCGCCCACCAUGCAGACAGGAACCAUCGCUCGCUGGGAAAAGAAGGAGGGAGACAAAAUCAAUGAGGGAGACCUCAUAGCAGAGGUGGAGACAGACAAGGCCACAGUGGGAUUUGAGAUGCUUGAAGAGUGCUAUUUAGCCAAAAUCCUUGUUCCGGAAGGGACCAGAGAUGUAAACAUUGGAGCAGUAAUUUGCAUUACUGUUGACAGUCCAGAACUCAUCCCAGCCUUUAACGAAGUUACAUUGGACUCGCUUACUUCUGCCACAUCAUCAGCUGCUGCUGCUGCUCCUCCUCCUCCUCCUUCUUCUUCUCCUCCUCCAGCUGCCUCUGCAAGUGCACCACCUGCAGCCCCAGGCAGCUCCUACCCGACACACUUAAAGAUCACACUUCCCGCCCUCUCGCCCACCAUGACGAUGGGCACGGUGCAGCGCUGGGAGAAGAAGGUCGGCGAGAAGCUCAGCGAGGGAGAUCUGCUGGCCGAGAUCGAGACGGACAAGGCGACCAUCGGCUUCGAGGUGCAGGAGGAGGGCUAUCUGGCCAAAAUAAUGGUGUCAGAGGGCACACGCGACGUCCCGUUAGGAACGCCGCUGUGCAUCAUCGUAGAGAAGGAGAGCGACAUUGCUGCCUUCAAGGACUAUGUGGAAACCGGCGUUGCAGAGAUUUCAACACCUCCUCCUGCGCCAGCACCAGCAGCAGCACCUGUCGCUGCAGCACUACCUCCGGUCCCCCAGCCUGCCGCCACACCCUCCGUUACCCCCGUAGCCGCAGCGCCCAGGAAGGGCCGUGUGUUCGCCAGCCCACUGGCAAAGAAACUUGCUGCAGAGAAAGGCUUUGACCUGGCGCAGAUCCCCGGUUCUGGUCCUGAUGGACGCAUUACCAGGAAAGACAUUGACAGUUUUGUUCCUGCAAAGGCUGCCCCAGCUGCUCCCGCUCCGACUGCAGCUCCAGCUGCUCCGGCACCUGCUGCCGUUCCUGCCGCUCCAGCCGGGACUUUCACAGACAUCCCUAUCAGCAAUAUCCGCAAGGUCAUCGCUCAGAGGUUGAUGCAGUCAAAGCAAACCAUCCCUCACUAUUAUCUCUCUGUAGAUGUCAACAUGGACCAAGUGCUGGAGCUUAGGAAAGAACUCAAUGAGGAGGUGAAAGCCAGAAGUAUCAAGCUGAGUGUGAAUGACUUUAUCAUCAAAGCCAGCGCGCUGGCCUGCCUGAAGGUGCCCGAGUGCAACUCAUCCUGGAUGGACACCAUAAUCCGCCAGAACCACGUGGUGGACGUGAGUGUGGCGGUGAGCACGGCCAACGGUCUCAUCACGCCCAUCGUGUUCAACGCGCACACCAAAGGACUCGCCGCCAUCAGCAGCGACGUGUUGGCGCUCGCCGCCAAAGCACGGGACGGCAAACUGCAGCCGCAUGAGUUCCAGGGGGGCACGUUCACCAUUUCUAAUUUGGGGAUGUUUGGUAUCAAGAACUUCUCGGCCAUCAUCAACCCUCCGCAGUCGUGCAUCCUUGCCGUGGGAGGCUCUGAAAAACGCCUCAUGCCCGCUGACAAUGAGAGAGGUUUCGACGUGGCCCACAUGAUGUCGGUGACGCUGAGCUGCGACCACCGGGUGGUGGACGGCGCAGUGGGUGCCCAGUGGCUGGCCGAGUUCCGCAAGUUCCUGGAGAAACCCGUCACCAUGCUCUUGUGACCGGACUGUGGCGAGUCACUGCUGCCGUGAUCCGAUUAGGUCGGCAAAACACUCUGAAUCCUCCUGUCGUUGGCUGGCUUGCCACCAGGUCACUCCCUGAUACCCUGAAGGAGAGAGGGGCAGAACUCACUCCACUUUUGUCUAGAGUCUCUCUCUUUAUCUCACUAUUUAUUAAAGUUCCAUGCCAUAAGAGAAAUAACUAGUCAUAAUUCAUCCUAGCAUACAUGGAGUUUGGCCGGUAUCAUGUCGUGCAAAAGGAAAUGUUACACAAUUAUGUCCAAUCAGAUAUAAAAUUUACCCCCCCAAUGAUUUGUGUGUCUGGUGUGAGUGUGACGAAGGCAAACAGGAAGAGUGUCUCUGCUAUGUUUUGUGGGCUAAAGAAUUGAGAGAAGUAGCCACAAUAGUCACAGAACAACAGUGUUCUGUGCUACAGUAUGUACAUUCUACAGUAGUGUAUAUACUGUAUAUCAUAACAUCUGUACAGCCCCCGACAAAUGUAUUUUCCAUCCAUCCCUUUUCUGUACCACUUAUCCUCACUAGGGUUGCGGGUGUGCUGGAGCCUAUCCCAGCUAUCUUUGGGCUCGAGGCCGGGUACACCCUGAACUGGUCGUAAAUGUAUUUUUCCCCUGAAAAAUUUAGUUUGCCAAUUCCUCUCUGUCUCUCUCUGCUCCAUGUUAAUUUUCUAGCCUCAUUGUAAAAUGUUCUGUCCUUUACGCAGCUGAAACGCACAAAGAUGCCGCCGGAUGUUUGUUUGUUUUAAAUAAACGGAGAGUAAUCAAG